AUGCCAGUUGCUACAUUUUCAGUACCUAUUUCAGAAGCAAAAGCAGGAGAAGGUCCUAUUCGCAGGUCGAUUCUUUCUCCCAAUGCCUUACUUACACAACCCGCCAAAGGUGUCGACACCCUUUAUGAAGUCAUGCAAUAUGCCAACACUUCUUUCAAAGAUCGCAAAGGCUUUGGUUACCGUCUUUUACAGGACACCAUCACAACAAAGAAACAAGUGACAAAAGUUGUCAAUGGAAAAGAAAUAAAAGAGGAAAAGACUUGGACUUUCUUUCAAUUGAGUGAAUACCAUCAUUACACGUACGGUCAAGCUGCUGAAUUCACCAAACAAAUUGGUGCUGGUUUACGUUACCUAGGUUUAAAACGAGGUGAUAAAGUACAAAUCUCGGCUUCCACUAGUGUUGAAUGGAUGCUUGUAGCUCAUGGGGCAUUUACACAAGCAUUGACCAUUGUUACAGCAUACGAUACAUUGGGCUCAGAAGGCCUUCAACAUGCCAUUUCAGAGUCCGAGGCAAGUCUUUGCUUUGUAAACGGUGAUCAAUUACCGAUUCUUACCAAGAUCUUGAGUGGAUGUGGCAGUGUUGAUUCGAUUGUAUACCGUGGUGAAGCCAAUAUCGAAGACAUUGAAUCAUUAAGAACAAAUCCACAAAUCAAACACAUUGUUUCAUACGAGGAGUUACUGAAAUUGGGACAAGAGAAUCCUGUGGAAGUAGUGAAGCCUACGGCCAGUGAUUUAUGUUGCAUCAUGUAUACGAGCGGAAGUACGGGUAACCCCAAGGGAGUAAUGUUAACGCAUAGAAAUGCCGUGGCGGCGAUUGCUGGUGUAUGUCGUAUGCUUCAGCAUCUUUUGGAACCCAACGAUACGAUGAUGGCAUAUUUACCUCUUGCACAUGUGCUUGAAUUCCUGGUGGAAAACCUCUGUAUCUUUUUAGGUGUCGGUUUAGGCUAUGGUUCGAUCCGUACGUUAACAGAUGUUUCCGUAAAGAACUGCAAGGGUGAUCUUCAAGAAUUUGGUCCCACCAUCAUGACAGGUGUACCUCAAGUAUGGGAAACUAUUCGAAAGACAGUUUUAUCCAAGGUCAUUGAGCGUGGUCCUCGUAUCCAAAAGAUUUUCAUGGGUGCGUUGGCACUAAAAAAGUUUUUGAAAAGUCAUGAUUUAGGCACAGCUGUGGUGGAUAAAGUCGUGUUUAAAAACGUCAAGUUACAGUUAGGUGGUCGUUUGCGUUAUUGUCUUUCGGGUGGUGCACCCGUGUCCGCUGAAACACAAGAGUUCUUGUCUUUGGCAGCUUGUCCUAUUUUACAAGGCUAUGGUAUGACAGAAUCUGUGGGCAUGUGUGCUAUUAUGGCACCAGAACAAUGGGCCUUAUGUGAAGUAGGUGCGCCUGUACCUUGUGUCGAAGUUAAAUUAGUCGAUCAACCUGAAGUAGGCUACCUCCAUACCAACUUACCCCGUGCUCAAGGCGAGAUUUGGAUCCGUGGUCCUAGUAUUACUUCAGGAUACUAUAAACAACCCGAACUCAGCAAAGAAGCCUUGUCAGAUGAUGGAUGGCUUCGAACAGGCGAUAUUGGUGAAUGGACCGAACGAGGCACAUUAUCCAUUAUUGAUCGAUUAAAAAAUCUGGUAAAGUUAAGCAAUGGUGAAUACAUCGCGUUAGAAAAACUUGAGAGUUGUUACAAAUCGUGCACACUUGUUGAGAAUAUGUGUAUUUAUGCGGACUCAAUGUACCCUAAACCUGUUGCUUUGAUGGUUUCACUUGAACCUGUGCUUCGUAGUUAUCUCGCUUCACAAGGCGUCGAAAACGCAGAUUGGGACCAGUUGUGUGAGAGUAAAGAAGCACGCAGGAUAAUCUUACAGGUAUUGCAGGAACAAGCCAAAAAGUCCGGUCUAAGCGGUGCAGAAAUCAUUUCGGACGUUUGGAUCUGCAAGGAUCUUUGGACACCCGAAAUGAACUUAUUGACGGCCGCCCAAAAGUUGAAGCGUAAGGAGAUUAACAAGGCAUAUGAGACUGAAUUGAAAGCUAUGAUAUCUAAGCAGAAGUAGCUUUAAUUUGAAAUAAAAAAUUUUAACUUAAAUUUUUUGUAUCGGGCG